AUUUUUAUUUGAAAAAAAAAAAUGGAUUUAGAAAGAGCAACAAAGAUGAUAAAGGCAUUGCCUUAUAUGUCCAAAACUAUAGUCGAUAAUACACUCUAUGAGAAAGUGUUAUCGUAUUUAACUUUAGUCCUUUCUACUCAUACCUCCCAUAUCAAUAAAUUAAAUAAUCAGUGUCAAAUUUUUCAUCAAAUUCGAAAGGCAUGCAUUGAGAGUGAUGAUCAAGACUAUCGAGUUACUACAUUAUGUAUACGAUUUAUGGGUCAAUUAAUAUAUUAUGGAAAAGAUGAUUUGUUUAAAGAGCUUGAGUGUGAUCAUUCAGAAUUGUUAACUAUGAUUACAAAAGGGAUUACAUCGUCCGAAGCGGCAUUAAGAUGUGCAUGUAUUGAGGCAUGUCGCUUGUUUUUAGCUUGUGAUCAUGGUCAAACAUGGUUAUUAAAAAAUGAAGAAACCGCAUAUUUUAUCAUGUUGGCUCUAUUAGAUCAAAGUAGUUAUGUUGUAGCGGAGGCUUGCCGCUUAUUUUCAACACUUGUUGAAUUCAAUUUAACACAAUUGAUGCAAGUAAUGAAUCCGUCUAAUUUGAUUCAAAAUCUUCUUCAACCUAAUGGAGAUCCAAAGCAAACACUGUCUGCGUUAGAUUUUUGUUGGGCUAUUGUGAAUAUGAAAAACGAUAAUGCAAUUGAAUAUAUUCGAUCUAAACAAUUGUUACAUCCAUUUAUACCUCUUUUAUGUUUAUCUGAUAGAAUUAUUCGAUCAAGAGUAUUAGAGAUAUUAUCUAUAUUAUUCAGUUACGAUAAAGAUCCUUUACAGACAUUAAAUUUAGAUACUUGCAAUUCAAAUAUAAAUAAGGCAUAUAGGGUGAUAUUUAAUAUGGCGAAAGAAAUGAUAAAAGAGUCCAAGAAAUUAGAUGAUUUAAUGACAGCAGUAACAUUUUUGGAUACUUCAUUUACAUUAUUAACACAAAACACAAAUACAGAUAUUCACACUACUAUAGAUGAAGCUUAUUCUAUCUUAUAUUCCCUAAUCGAUCUUUGCAUGUAUAAACAAAAGAAUGAAUUGAAACAUGUAAACGAAUUUAUCAAAACAACGCGUACAAGGAAUCAAUUAACUCAACUUGUAUUACGCACUAUGAAUACGCUUGUACAAUUAUACCCUUCCAUAAUGACUCAAAAGUCCAAUUAUACUGAUAUUUUCAAUGUGUUGGAAGAUGAACAACUUUAUUCAGAUCCACGUGUUUUGAAAUCUAUUCUUGCUUUACUAACAAAUACACUUUGGUAUAUCAAGCAAGCAGAACAAUAUCAACCUAUCUUGAAAAGGGCGAUACAAUCCUUAGUCAAGAUGAGUGAUGAAACUAGUUUAGAUUGUAAAAGUUUAUCCUUAGUUUUAGAUACAUUAAAUGUAUUACUAGGUCAUGAUCAAAUUGGCGUACUUGUAACUGAAUUUGGUCAUAGGUUUGCAGAAGCUUUAAGUUUAAAGUUUUUGGAUGCAGAAUGGGAUAUCCGUGAUGCAUCUAUUCAUUUUGUAGGUCAAUUAUUUGAGAUGCCCUUUGUAAAGAACAAGAUUCAAUUUGCAUUGACAUAUAAUUUACCGCUCAAUGUAUUUCAGCGUAUCCAUGACUCAGAAGUAUAUGUACGAGCAUCUGCCAUUGAAGUCUUGCAGAUGAUGAUGAUGUGUGAAGAAGGAUGGGGUUACAUUCAACAACAUCAAAUAUCUAGAAAUUUAGCAGCUAAAUUACCAAGUUUAUUAUAUGAUACAGAAGCUAUCGUACGACGAGCUGCACUUGAUGCUAUUAUUUGUUUAGUUAAAAAUAGAUCUUGUCAAGGAAUGAAGAUGGAAAUAAAAGAUUCUAACCAACAAAACUCAUUAAAUCCUGUUAUUAUAAAGAAAUUAGUAUAUGACGAUGAUAUCGAUGUACGUUCAAGAGCAUGCAAACUCAUUGAAUGUUUAUGGCUAUUAUAUCAGCAUGAAAAACAAGAACAUGAUUUCUUUCAACAUCUUCAAGCAGGAGAAUUAUUAGUUGAAGCUGCUAUGGAUACGAAUCGAAUUGUUCGUAUUGAAGCUGUUCGUAUUAUAGAAUCCAUAUUAGCGACUGAUGAUAAACCAUCUAAUCAUUCAACUAAAAGAAAAUUCGAUCAAGUAGAACAUGAUGACUUUGACACUUCUUUUUUAAAUGUAUUGCGUCAUCUUAACUUGACUCAACAAAAACAAACUUUAGAUCCAGAACAUCUUUAUCAAGAAGCAUUUGAUAUCAAUGCAGAUAUGAUGAUUCAAUCUAUAAUACCAGUUAAUCCAGAUGACGAUGUUAAUAUGCUCGAUUGUUACUAGAAAGAGAAAUAUAUAAAGUUUUUAUGCAUUAUUUAUGAUUGGAUGGAACACGUGCGUCGUAUUCUAUAUUACUAAACAAACUUAUGUAGUAC